UACCAAGAAGUUGAUUAAGAAGUCGGGCGAGCCUUUUCUUCAAUCCGUGGGGUUCUUCCGCGAUUGGGGACACUUGUACCGCCAACACAGUCGUCAGCCUGUUGGCUCGGGGGUGGGAUGGCUAGGUCCAUUGGAGUUUCCUUUUUUCCAUCCCGCUCCAAUCGCUACGAAAUUCCAGCGAUCAGAGAAAUUCGUGCUGCAACGGGAGAUGAAGAUACCAUUUCUCUUGACCCGGAAGAUCUCAAAGCUCAUGGCUAUUCUGAGUGGUCCUCAACCAAUAUUGACGGUCUGCCAGUAGCAGUGGCCUACCCAAAGUCUACCACGGAAGUUUCCCAAAUCGCAAAGAUCUGUUACAAGUACAAGGUCCCCAUUAUUCCGUUUUCUGGCGGCUCUUCUCUGGAGGGCAAUUUCUCUGCUCCAUAUGGAGGCGUCAGCGUUGAUUUCGCUUACAUGGACCAAAUCGUUCAACUCCACCAAGACGAUAUGGAUAUUGUCGUUCAACCUAGUGUUAGUUGGAUGGAACUGAACGAAGAGCUGGCAAGACGACAGAGCGGCUUGUUCUUCCCUGUCGACCCCGGACCAAGUGCCAAGAUUGGUGGAAUGGUGGGCACGAAUUGCUCUGGGACGAACGCGGUUCGCUAUGGAACGAUGAAAGAUUGGGUCAUCAACCUCACCGUGGUACUUGCCGACGGAACGGUCAUCAAAACCAAGCGUAGGCCAAGAAAAACCUCUGCGGGAUACAACCUCAACUCUCUUUUCGUCGGCUCGGAAGGCACCCUUGGCCUGGUCACAGAAAUCACACUAAAGCUUGCCGUGGUCCCGCAAGAAUAUUCUGUGGCAGUCGUCACCUUCCCAUCGAUUCGUGAUGCCGCGUCAGCAGCAGCGGGUGUCAUGCGCGCGGGGGUCCAAGUCGCAGCGAUGGAAAUCAUGGACGAGAUCCAAAUGCGAGUUGUGAACCUCUCUGGCGCCACUCCGUUCCGCAAGUGGAAAGAAUCACCUACACUCUUCUUCAAAUUCAGCGGCACCAAAGCAUCGGUUAAGGAAAACAUUGCGAUGGUGUCUGCUAUUGCGAAGGCUCAUCGAGGAGGCAAUUUCGAGUUCGCGAAGGAUGAAAAAGAACAAAAGUUAUUGUGGAGUGCGAGAAAAGAGAGUUUGUGGAGCAUGAUGAGUAUGCGCAAGGAAGGCAACGAGGUUUGGAGCACGGAUGUUGCGGUUCCUUUCAGUCGUUUGGCAGAUAUCAUUGAAAUAAGUAAAAAGGAGAUGGACGACCUGGGACUGUUUGCAAGUAUAUUGGGUCAUAUUGGAGAUGGCAACUUCCAUGAGAGUAUUCUUUAUGACAGGAACGUGGUGGGAGAAAGGGAGAAGGUGGAGGCAUGUGUGAAGAAUAUGGUGACAAGAGCGUUAGAGAUGGAGGGGACUUGCACGGGCGAGCAUGGUAUUGGCAUUGGGAAGAAGGAGGCAUUGUUGAUUGAAGUAGGACCUGAUACUCUUGGUGUCAUGAAGUCCAUCAAGCAGGCCCUCGAUCCACUUUGGAUUAUGAACCCUGGGAAGAUUAUGGAUGUUCCCUCGCGAAUCUGACUUUCUUUUUGGAGAUCAAUAUCCUGAUGGAAAGGCGGGAUUCGAGAGGAAGUAAUAUUUCUUAACUGCCUGGCGAUUUGGUUCUGCAUCUUCUUUUCGGGUAUAAACGGAGGAUGGGGAGGCUGCACAUUUGGGAGGCCCAUUCGAUUUUCGUUUCGGGGAUCGCAUAGAUUCAUCCUCCUCGCGGUUGAUAGCAUUUUGGUAGGAAGCAUCCAGGGGUUAGCAUUAACGAAGACAC